AUGUCAUCUGAUGAACAAGAAACUAGACCGUAUACAAGUGAUCCACAAGAAUUACAGCAUAUUAUUCGUAUUUUUAAUACUAAUGUAGAUGGUACUAAAAGAGUAGUACAUGCUUUAUGUGCUAUAACUGGUAUUGGAAAAAGAAUGGCCACUGCUAUUUGUAAGAGAACAGGUGUCGAUGUUUUAAGAAGAGCUGGUGAUUUAAACCAAGAUGAAUUAGAAAAGAUUCAGAAUGCUAUUAAUGAUCCUAGUAGUGUAGGAAUACCUUAUUCAUUUUACAAUUAUAAGAAAAAUCCUGUUGAUGGUACAAAUACUCAUUUAGUGAGUACAAGAAUGGAUGCUGAAUACAGAAUGAUGCUUGAAAAAGGAAAGAAAAUAAGACAUGUGAGAUUAUGCAGAGUAGCAUGUGGCUUAAAGGUUCAUGGACAGAGAUCUAAAUCUAAUGGAAGACACAUUAGAGCAGGUAUGAUUUUCCGUAGAAAAUAA